GGCUUAUAGUCGUUCCUCAGUCUAACCCUUGUGAGACGGUGUAUUACUUCGUGAGCGGAUCAUGAGAGAUUUCCCGUUGUUUGCCCGCUGUCAUCACGAAGCUUGUGUUGCUUGGACAGCUCCAACCCGAUCUGCAUCCUACGGCGCUAAGGAUGGCGCUGCAACAUCCUUUGGGUGUUUGUGAAUUCAUUUAAAAAGCAGGGAUGGCUGGCUUCGAGAAGGCGUGUCCAAGGACAGAUACGACCCUGGUCCUAUAUCGCCAUGUCGAACUCACCCUCUUCUGAAGUAGAUAUCAUCAUUGCUGGAGGCGGUACAAGCGGGCUAGUAGUUGCUAGUCGGCUGUCGGAAGCAGACCCGUCACUGAGUAUCCUCGUUCUGGAGGCAGGCCCGCCGACACACGACGACUUGGCGCACAUCCAACCUGCCCGCUACUUGAGCCAUCUGCUCCCAGACAGCAAGACCGUCAGGUUCUAUGAAGGCAAGAAGACCGAGGAGCUCGCAGGCCGAGGUGUCGUCGUACCGUGCGGCCAGUGUCUGGGAGGUGGAUCCAGCGUGAACUUCACGGUGUAUGCACGGCCGGCUGCGUCUGACUUCGACGAUUGGGAGAAUGUCUAUGGCAACAGCGGAUGGGGCUCGAAAGACCUCAUACCCCUUUUACAGAAGUCAGAGACAUACCAAGCUGAGGGGUCUGCGGACACGCACGGCUACUCGGGUCCUCUCAAGGUUUCGUACGGCGGACUCUUCACGAAUGUGGGGCAGCAAUUCCUCGAAGUCGCUGCGCGGUACGAUGCGAAGCGUUCUCUGAUGGAAGAUCCCAACGGGCUGUUCAAAUGUAAUGCAUAUGGGAGGUGGCAGAAGUACAUAAGCGCGGACGAUGGACGGCGGUCCGACGUGCCUCACAACUACAUCUACAACCGUAACUUCACCAAGCUCGAGAUACUUACAGGUUACAUAGUGAAGCGAGUUGUCUUUGAAGGCAAUCGAGCCGUUGGCGUCGAAUACACGCCAAAUGUACGGUUCCGGCCUAACGAGAAGCAAGAGAUUCAAUGCGUCAGAGCGCGCAAGCUAGUGCUAUUGUCUGCAGGCGCCUUUGGGUCACCUGCGAUCUUGGAACGUUCUGGUAUCGGGUCGCCGGACGUGUUGAAGAAGUUCGGUAUAGGCCCCUUGGUGGACUUGCCCGGCGUAGGAGAGAACUAUCAAGACCACCAAGUUGUCUUCACACCGUACCUCGUGAAGGAUGAGGCUGAGACCCUUGACGGAAUUGUCAGAGGCGAUCCAGAGGAAGUCGACAAAUGGAACGCACAAUGGUUGAAGGACGGCUCUGGACUGAUGGCGCACAACGGUAUCGAUGCUGCUGGUAAAUUGCGGCCGUUCCCCGAAGAACUCGAGCUCAUUGGCCCCGAAUUUCGCAAGAGGUGGGAGACAUACUACAAAGACGCGCUAGAUAAGCCUGCCAUUUGGUGCGGCACGGUCUCCGAAUACGUGGGCAAUCCGUCGACAGUCCCCAAGCGGAAAUACGUCACUAUUGGCUGCUACGUGCAAUACCCUGCGUCCACGGGCUACGUACACAUUACCUCCACAGACGAUGUGUCUGCUGCUCCUGACUUCGACCCUGGCUUCCUACGUCGGGCUGAAGACCUCGUCCUCUUGAGAUGGGGUUACAAGCACGGCCGCGAGCUCGCGCGUCGAAUGCCGCUGUACUGCGGCGAAUAUUUGCCUGACCACCCGCAGUUUCGAGACAGUAGCCAAGCUUCCUGCAGUGCUGAAGGGCAGUCCGUUGCCGUGGAUGCACCGCCCCUGCAAUACACGGCUGAGGACGACAAGGCUAUCGACGAUCAUACUCGCCGCGCUGUACAGACAUCCUGGCACUCCCUCGGAACCUGCGCAAUGAGACCUCGCGAGCAAGAUGGUGUCGUAGACGCGAAGUUGAACGUGUAUGGAGUCACCGGGUUAAAGGUCGCAGACAUGUCUAUCGCACCGGGUAAUGUUUGUGCUAAUACAUACUCCACUGCGCUCGUCAUCGGAGAGAAGGCAGCAAUCAUUAUUAUGGAGGAGCUGGGUAUCUCGGGAGCUCAUACAGCUUGAAAGUCCUUGUGAUAUCCUACGACUCGGCCUGUAACAGAGGGUACCGGGGCGAUUCACCGCGACCUACGGCGAUCUAUCGUUGAAAGAGGAGGAGGGAAAGGGGACGAAGAAGACUGCGGGCAGGGCGAAGACACGACCG